AUGGGUGGCUUCUUCUCAAAGUCCUCUAGGACCCACAAAUCAAAGGACCCAAAGUGGCAAGGCAUUGGACCCAACACCCCACUCCCCGGCGCCGCGUCCUCUUCCUCCUCUCCAAACUACAACAAUUACAGCCAACCAAGUGGAAGUAACGGAGGCGCAUAUGGAUACCAACAGUCCGCGCAACCUCGGUCCCAGACCCUGAGUACACUCGACAGCAGGAGCAACAAUAACAACAACAACACGAAUAGUCUUGCGGCAACAAGGAAGAAGCAGCAAAAGUCUUCAAAGAUCAUGUUACUCCUCAAGCUGGAUCCCAAGGCUGGUGGGCAGAGGAAGGUUAUCACCAAGAACUUGAUCAGUCUCCCCUCGGACUUCCGACAUACUGGACAUAUUGGUGCAGGUGAGGUUCGCAGCGGCCAGAUCGAUCCGGAAAAGAUCAAGAACCAGAUGGCAGAGGUUGCAGCGUGCUUGAAAUUGGAUGUCAACACGCCCAUCCCCAUGCUCAAGACCAUUCCCAUCCAGCCCGAAAACCAAGACCCUGCUACCAACCACGCACCGGAGCAGGUUGAUCGGCACGCAGCGCGUCCAGGCGCCGCGGUGUUCUAA